AUGGAAGAACUAGUCGAGGGACUGAGACAAGCCGGUAAUAUCCUGCUCCUGGUGGAGCUUGCGCAACAAGCCCUCAGCGAGGCGCAGAAAUCAAGCUUCUCACCAACAGGGAAAAUGGAGUUUCGCGACCUGCAACCAGUCAUGGACAAACUGAAAGCAGCUUCAGAAUCAGCAAUGAGAACAAGUUUCUCGAGGGCAGACAUUGGAAACAUCUAUCAAAGAGCUGAAGAAUGCUUGGAUAUAUCUGAACAGCUUGUGCGGCAUGCAAACGAGCAAUGGAGUGAAGGAGUCGACCUGGAAAGUAUAGAGACAGCAUUUGUCAAAUUGAAAAGUCGGAUGGACCUCGAUCUUCUAACCUUUAUCGAAUAUUACGCGCAAAUGCCUCUGAGAGCCCAGAACGAGCUUAUUAAACAACUGUCAAGAUCUACUAAUCGAAAUGAAGACCGAAAGGAGGAAUUUAAUGGUGGACAUAGUGGCCGCAAAGAAGGAUUCGGAUUUUCAGUUGUGGAGUGCCUUGCUCCCGUUGAGGCCCCCGGAGACCCAACCACGAUCUUCUUUACGCUACUCGUUGAUAUUACUGAUGCUCUGCGUCGUUUGGAGAUGCAUAGGGUAAAUAAGUCUCCUCGUGUUGUUUUGCAUGAAGCUCGGAGGUUUCAAGUUAUCAAGGUUAUCCUGAAUAUGCAAGGAUAUAGAGCGCCGAGUGACAUGGAAGUGCGUGCUCGUAAUGAACACUGCGCUGCGUUCGAUACGAUAUUCUCCACGCCCGCAGCCGGUGAGAAUCCAUGGGCCAACUAUUGCCAAUGGCUUGAGUCGGACAAGCAACUGUAUUGGAUCACCGGUGCGAAGGAAUCCGGCAAGACAACCCUAAUGAAACUCAUCGCUCAUGGGCCUCAACAUCCUCCGCGUGAAUCGCCGGUUGGGUCAGUACCCUUUCUCCGCAACUGGGCGAACGGAAAACCCCUGAUCACAGCCACCUUUCUUUACAAUACGCCAGGGAAGAACGUGGAGCUUACAAUGGAGGGAAUGCUUCGAUCGCUUCUUUUACGGAUUCUUACAAAUUGUCCAGAGGCUAUGGAAAAACUGAGUCCCAUUAAAUGGAAGAGUAUUUGCCUCUUCGGGGACUCUUACUUUGUGCCUGGAGAGGAAAACCUUUCGGAUCUACUGAUCGAUGCACUCAGUGCCCUCAAAGACAGUCACAGAGUCUGUAUAUUCGUGGACGGCCUGGACGAGCUAGAUGGCGGUAAUGGAGAUGUCGCUCGGCUUUUCAGACGUAUUAUAGACAACACGUCAGCCAAAUUGUGCGUCGUCAGUCGCCUGCUUCCAGCAUACCGAGACAUCUUGGGCAGCGGCCCCCAUCUCGAAACUCAUCACCUUACACACCGCCAGGUGGCGAUGUAUGUCGAAGAAGCAAUGAAGGCAAACGAAGGAUUCUUGCAAUUCCAAAAGGACAAUGCCGGGUCAGCAACUCAGUUGGUGGAGAGUAUCACGACCAAAGCGGCUGGUGUCUUCGUAUGGGCUCUUGCCGCAGCCAAUAUCAUGCUUGAUGGCUUCCAUCAUACAGACAAGAUAUCCGACCUUUGCAAUAAGUUGGAUGGAAUACCACUAGAUAUUAGUAAGCUAUAUCAAAGUAUUCUUAACGAGAUGGAGCCAGAAAGCUUAAGGGAGUUGGCACAAGUAUUGCUCAUCAUGGGGAGCUGUGCUGAACCGCCUCCAGCCAUAUUGCUUUCAUUCGCGGUCGAAAAGAAUCCGCAAUUUGCAAUAGAGCUGCCACCCAGAAUACUGUUGCCUCAAGAUGCACAGAAUCGCAUCAAAGAAAUACGCAACAGGAUUGGGAGGAUAAGCAAAAAUCUAAUCAUCUUUGAGAAAUUAGAAGAAACACCGAACACCUCGUGGGUUGGCAUAUACAGAGCCCUUUAUGCGGAGGAAAAAUUCCGACAAUUCAUUCAACAGACUUCUCUUAAAGCUUUUCUUCAGAAGUCUGCCGGCGAGGACUUCGACGUCCAUCUGCAGCUGUGCAGAGCACAUUUGGCCUUGCAUAAAGUAAGCGAACCUCGGACGAAGCAAUUAUUAAGGACGUAUUUUCACGAGCCUUCGUCUGCUGAUAAGGCGUUGAUCUACUGUAUGAGACACGCGUCUUGCGUGGAGCCUCGCCACAACUCUGAGAUGAUCGAUGCAUUGGACAGCAUUGACAUCACUGGGCACCCUCAAUCCAGACAGCCAUGGUGGCAAGUCGAUAGCUGUGUAACAAAGUUCAUUUGCCAACUGCACAACUUAAACGAGUUUCGAGUUGGAGGAGAAAUGUGUGGCCCAAGUCUUCUCUCGUUGGCUGUCAAAUGUGGUGUGGUCGAGUACGUCAAGGCAAAGAUGCCAGCCAAUUGCUUGGUUCCUCUCGAAGAUGUGUACAGUUCCAACCACCCGAAGGAUCCUUGGCCUCUUCUUCUUGAUGCCUUGGAUAAUUCAUUCCCAAAUUCCAGAAUGACUGAGGUCUUGCUGGAGGGGGGUGCGGAUCCGAACCUCGAGCUAUUUGGUCUGCGCUUCAGUCCUACUAUAUGGGGUAACUUUUUGAGUCACUUGUUUUGCGCAAUCGAGGGUUCGGGAGUAGAGGCCGGAAGGUUGGAGGAGUAUGAAAAGAUGGUGCGCUUGAUGAUAAAGCAUGGUGCCUCGCUGAGCACCGAAUCGCUGGAGAGAGCUGUCUCAAACCAGCAUCUGCGCAUCAGCAUUCGAGAGGAUUAUUUGAACGACCUCGUUCAAGUUUUCCAAAGUGACUUUGAACAGAUCAGAACUAACCCUGAUGCUCCACUUGACUUGGUAACCAUGGUGGCUCGUGGCAGAGAGGCAGGGGCUCGCAAUGAGGAGGCUAGGAACAAGCGGCAGUUGGGAUUUCAUGCUGGUUAG